ACUAUGCCAGUUUUAAAAUGAAGUAUAUUAGAUUUGUGUGAUUUCGGGUUUGGUUUUUGCGUGUUUUUGUUUCAUCGAGUAGCUUCAACUAUUUUCCGCCCCGCCGGAGAAGGAGAAGAAGGAUCUGUGUCGUGUUGUGUCGCCAUGUCUCGGGUUGACAACAGAAAUUCCUCUGCCGCCAAGCGUGCCAGGACUGAUGGAAGCCGUAGGGAAGAUGAUUGGACUUGCCCCAGCUGUGGCAAUGUCAAUUUCUCUUUCAGGACAACUUGUAACAUGCGUAAUUGCACUCAACCAAGGCCAGCUGAUCAUAAUUCGAAAUCUGCUGCCAAGCCUCUACAAGCUCCACAGGGUUAUUCAUCCGCAGCUCCUUAUUUAGGCUCCAAUGCUCCAUCUUCUAUAUAUCUUAGUGUCCCACCAUAUGGAUCUUCUCUGUUCAAUGGAUCAUCAGUUCCUCCCUAUGAUGUUCCAUUUUCUGGAGGAUCAGCAUAUCACUACAAUUAUGGUAGUCGCCUCUCUGCUGGAAGUCCUUAUAGACCAUUGCAUUUAUCUGGACCUGCACCCUACACUGGUGGGCCAGUGAUGGGAAAUGGUGGGAUCUAUGGGAUGCCCCAACUGUUGGAUCGCUAUGGCCUGGGUGUGCCUAUUGGACCUGGGACAAUGGGUGCCAGACCUGGAUUUUUUCAUGAUGAUAAGUCUCAGAAAAAAGACACAACUCGUGACAAUGACUGGACAUGUCCAAAAUGUGGCAAUGUCAAUUUCUCAUUUAGAACUGUCUGCAACAUGAGAAAGUGCAACACACCCAAACCUGGAUCCCAGGCCUCAAAGUCUGACAAAAAUUCCAAGCAAAAGAUGCCUGAAGGAAGCUGGAAGUGUGAAAAGUGUAACAACAUAAACUAUCCUUUCAGAACCAAGUGCAACAGACAGAAUUGUGGUGCUGACAAGCCUGCUGAGUCUGAUAAAUCUGCUUCACCAUCUGCUGAUCAAAAUGAUCAGGUUUGUUGUCUAAAAUGUUUUCAUUUUGUUAACCUUCAUUUGUUGUUGCAACAGUUGGUUUUCCAAGAGCAGCUUUGUGACAUGAUGAACAUUUUCAAAUUGCAAUCUGUUGUGAAGUUGUCUUUUAAGUGGAUUCUAAGGAAAAGCUUCAGUUUUGCUUCCAUUCAUUUGAAACCGUUUUGUUACACCUUUUCAGUUUCUUCCUAUCUAUCCAUUGCAAUCUUUAAUUUGCAAUUAUUUACUGUUCCAGUGAGUACUAGGACAUGUUUGAGGGUUGAGAAGGUCCAGAGUUGUCAUCAAGAAUUGCUCAAUUUCGGUGUCUGACAGUCAGUCUUGUCGUCCUCUAUGUUGCAGCAGUUGUCAAGUCACUCACCUUCUCAAUGUGUCAAGUUGUUGUAUUAACUGAGAUGGUAUUUUGGUCUUUGUGGAUUGUUAUGAUGCAUGUGUCAGCCAACUUUCCUGGCACAAAGGUUAUUGCAGUUUCCAGUUUUAAGUUUUCUUUUGGUUCAUGAAUGUCUGUGUUUAAGUAUUACUCUAGGUGCCUCAAAAGAAUAUGAAGAUUCUAAGUUUUUAGAUUUAUUAGGUGGCAUUUAGUUUUGGGUAGUAGCUGAAAGUGUCUUCCUAACAUACCACUUAGGAUAUGUGCAUUGUUACAGAAGCCAUUUUCUCUCAUGCUGUUGCUUGUAGCUACAUGGAUGAUUCAUGUCGUGUCGUUGAAUUAAAGUUGGCGGUAGAUUAUUUAGUAGUUUUUUUUAUUUUAGUUUCAUUUAGAUAAGCGUUCCUAGCCCUAUAAUAUUUUAGGGUUUUGGGUUAUCUUUUAUGUACCUUGAGUGCUAAUCUUCUUGUUUCUGGUAUCUCACUCUUAUAUUUUGUUUCGUUACUCUAAUAUUUGGUGGAUGUCAAGUAGGUAUCUGUUCUUUA